GGGACGCGGCGCCUUCUCCAUCCUCGGGCUGAGGCCGGGGGGAUGUUCCCUGCUCGGGAGGAGGCCGACAGGACGGUGUUUGUGGGGAAUUUAGAGGCCCGGGUGCGGGAAGAAAUUCUUUACGAGCUGUUCCUUCAGGCUGGGCCUUUAACCAAAGUGACUAUAUGCAAAGACAGAGAAGGAAAGCUGAAGUCUUUUGGAUUUGUCUGCUUUAAACAUCCAGAAUCAGUAUCUUAUGCCAUAGCUCUGCUGAAUGGAAUUCGUUUAUAUGGAAGACCAAUUAAUGUACAGUAUCGAUUUGGGAGUUCUUAUUCUUCUGAACCAACUAACCAAAGUUUUGAGAACUGUGUUAAGACAAAUUCACAUAGCUACAGGAAUGAGGAAGUUGUGGUCAGAUCAUCAUUUCCCAUGCAGUCCUUGCCAGUUAAUAAUGUUACUUUACCUCAAGAUUACUUUUUCUUUCAGAAGAUGCAGUGGCAUGCCUAUAAUCCAAUGUGGCAGCUUCCCUACUAUGAGAUGACAGCACCACUUCCUAAUAGCCCAUCUCUGUCUUCCUCACUAAACCAUGUUCCGGAACUAGAGGCUGGCCCCAGCUCUUAUGAAUGGACUCACCAACCGCCAAGUGACUCUGACUUGUAUCAGAUAAAUAAACAAAAGAGGCAAAAGCAAACCAGUGAUAGCGACAGCAGCACAGAAAACAAUAGAGAAAAUGAAUAUAGCUCAAAGUUCCGGAAGUGUAAGAAGAAGAAAAGAUAUUAGUAUUAGGGCCAACUGAAAUAUUUGUCUACACUGGUCUUAAUUCUCUUAAAAGGAAAAGCCUGUGUUCUACCAAAUGACUGAUUUCCUGGCUGCCAUUUUUGAAAUAUAUAAUAAUAUGACUUACCUGAUUUGGUAUUCAAUUUUAGUCUUGAAUGACAGAAACUCACAAAUGACAUAAUGUACUACUUUUUGUGUUUGUUACAGUAUUGUUGACCCAUUGACAAGAAAUACACUUUGAGUUGUUUUAUUUUAGUACUCAUGAUGAAAUUGCACUAAACUAUAAAUAAAAAGCUACUCACCGAACAGUUUGAUAUAAGGAAAUGUGCUUACCUGGAUGGUUGCCUGUAACCCUCAACUAUAAAUAGACUGGGGUUAGAAAUGGAGCUGUGGAUUUUCUGAAAAAAACUACUGCAUAUAUUUAAGGAGUUGCUUGUUGUUCCUAUUGAAGACUGAAUAUGCAAGUUUCAGUUUCCUAUGUUAAUACUUUAGAUAGCAUUUUAUUUUUUCUGUCUAAAUAUAUUGUUUCUGAGCCUUACUCUCCUAUGAAUUUAUUUCAUGAAGCAAGGACAUAUGAAAGUGAUACCAAAGGAAAGAAGAUUAUCACAGGACUAGCCUUUGGAUCAUUCCAGUUUGAUAUGAUUGUAUAUAAAUAGGGAAAACGGCCUCUUUAAUUCACACUGUUUACUUGUAUUUAAUAAAACUUAGUUGGCUAUGUCAGCAUUUAUUUCCCACCUCUUUUGCCAGCUGAAUUUCAGAGAAUAUAUUUAACAUACUUAAAUCCUGAUAAUUUCACAAACAAGUAAAGAGAAUGAUAUUUUAUUAAUGUAUGCUAUUUAAUAUUUAUUUUCCAAAUGAAGUUUCCUAUUUGUAGUCCAUUUAUAUUUAGAAGGGAGAGUACAUGUAAAAUAAAUGGCUUAUUAGGACAUAUUUUUAAUUUUAUAAUUAUUCAUAAACUAGAAUGAAAAUAUUUACUAAAGCUAAUUGAAAGAAUCAGGUGACUUGAUUGAGUUAACUACACAAUUCAGUAGGAAAACCUAUGCUUGGAUAUUUCUUUUACUUGUUGCAUAGCACUUUACAGAUCUUUUUUUAUUUAAAAUAAUAUUAAAUAUUUGUUUUCAACAAAGUGAGAAACUGAAUUUAACUUGGUUGUAAAUAUAAAAUGUAGUACAUCUAAAUGUAAUAACUAAAUGUAAAUAUUAGUCUAUUUCCAUCUGAUCAACAUGAAAACCUAAAUUCUGCAUGAUGUAGUUUUAUCUGUACCUUCAUAUUCCUGAAUAUUCAAACUGGAAAAGAUGGAACUGUCUUUUUCUUUUUAAAUUCACGGUUUUUUUUUUUUCCUACUUAGAAUCAUGGUAAAGGGAAAAUGUGUUUCUACAAUACUUUAGCCCUAAAUUAUUUCAUUGUGAUUGUUAUUAUAGGAAAUAUGUAUGUAAGCAAUGUCUUUUAAGCAAUUAAAAAUGACAUUUUUGUAAGAAAAUUAUUUGAAAUAUUGUUACAUUAACUAAAAUCAGAACUUCAAGGGAUUCUUGAAACUCCUUUCAUCACAGACAGAAAUUACCUCUAUAGCAACUUUAACAAGUCAACUCACUUAAUCAGAAGGCUAAGAAAUUCACCUAUAUCAUGGUAACUUUUAUUGUUAGAAAAUAUAAAGCUUCCCUUAAGAUGUUAAUCUAAUUUAUAAUGGUAAAUAAUUUUAAGUUAUCCUUUCCCCAAAUGGGAAAUAUUUGAGUAAAAAGUCAUUUAUAUUAUUUGCCUUUAACGUUUUUUUUUUCUUUUCCUAUUUUAAUUCCUCAUGCUCAAAAAUCUGUUCAAGUAUGUAUUUACACAUCCUACUUCAAAUGCCAGAAGCUUCAAAUUUGAGAACAAAAUUGGACAUAUUAUAUAUUCUCAUAGUCACUCAUUUUUUUUUUUAAAUGAGUUUCUGUAAUGCAUCAGGCAGUGGCAAAAUGAGAAAAAUUACUUAGAAUCAAAGUUGCUUAGAAAAGAUUGAGUGAAAAAUACAUCCUUCAAAUCUUUGCUGAAAUGACCUUUCCUGAGCUGUGGUUUCAGAUGUGUAGCUGUUUAGACAAGGAUAUCACCUUCGAAAUGUGAGCAUUAAAUGCAAUUAUUAUAAGAUCAACAAUAAUGGAUUUAUUAUCACAUGGCGAUUAUAAAAUUCUGAUGUAAUGAUAUUUUGGUUACUUGCUUAGAAUUUAAUAGAAUAAAAAGUUAAGAAUUAUUACACUUUCUUUAGCCUGUCUAAAGACAUUGUAACUGACAUGUAAUCAAAUUCUUCCCUUGAAUGAGUAAAUACUAAUAAACUG